UGAAAUCCACCAAAAAUCAUUUCUAAAUACUGAUGAGUUAUUUUCGAGUGGCUAGAUGCACUGAAUUUUAGUCCCGUCUACACAUGGUUAUUUUUCUGAGUUUAAAUAAUACUCCUAGCUAGUACUAUUCAUGACAAUGAUGAGAAAUUAAGGGCAUAAAAUGCAAUUCAAACAAAAUGGUAGUAACAUGAUGAGAUUCAAUUGGGAUGAUUUAAUUUGGCUUUUAUAAAAUUGAUGAUAAUUCUAUUUGGCAAACCCUAUACCCAUACAGCCACACUCCUAUAUUUCAUCUUUUACUGUUUAACCGUAAAUUUUUAGGCCUUCAGAGAGAAAAUGGGAGCGGACAAGGGGAAGAAGCCAAAACUGGGAGGUGCCGACGAUGAGAACAAUGGAAUCGAGCAGAUUGACUCCGGAGCUCGUUCUCUCAAUCGAAAAGCUUCAGGAAUUUCAGGACGAGCUUGAAAAGAGGCUGGUGACUCAGUUGUUCCGACUUUGGCUUGUUACUUGCUUUUGAGGCGUGGUUAUUAAACGUGCAAGGUGCAUUAAGGUCUUCGGAGCCUGGAGCAAGGUGAUCAGGUCAAUGAAGAAGCAAGUGAAAAGGUCUUGGAACUUGAACAGAAGUACAACGAAAUACGGAAGCUUGUCUAUGAUAUAGCGAAAUGAAAUCAUUAAAUCCAUUCCUAAUUUCUGGUUGACUGCUUUUAUGAGUCAUCCUGCACUUAGUGAACUUUUGACUGAUGAGGACCAAAAGAUAUUCAAGUAUUUGAGUAAGCUUGAAGUUGAGGAUUGCAAAGAUGUGAAAUCUGGUUACUCCAUUACAUUUCACUUCGAGUCCAAUCCUUACUCUGAAGAUGCUAUGCUCACAAAGACCUUUACGUUCUUUGAGGAAGGAACAACCGAAAUCUCAGCAAAAGCAAUAACAUGGAAAGAAGGCAUGGGCAUUCCUAUUGGUGUUGCUGCUGAAGAGAAGAAAGGAAACAAGCGGCCUAAAGCUGAGGAGAGCUUCUUUUCCUGGUUCAACAACAUCCAGCAUAGUAGUAAUUUGGAAGAGAUACAUGAUGAGCAGGUUGCUGAAAUUAUCAAGGAUGAUCUAUGGCCCAAUCCCCUUACAUAUUUUAACAACGAGGCUGCUGAUGAAGAGGGAUCUGAAAUGGAUGAUGAUGAGGACAAGGAAAGUGAUGGCUCUGAAGAUGAUGAUGACCAAGAUGAUGACGAAAAUGAAGGUUAAAAAAGAUAGGCUACUAAGGCGUCUCCAGAAAGUUCAGUUUACUGGUUUUCAUUAACUAUCGAGUGUCGGUAAAUUCGUUUAUAGGUUUCUGCAAGAGAGGUUUUGAACCUAAUUGUCUCUGCUUGAAGUCGUGUGUCGGGUAUUCACACUUCUAACUCGUGCUAUCUACUGAUAUAACCCGUCUCCAUGCCAUGCGUUCAUCCUCUUAUCUAGUGAUGAGAUGGAUUAUAUUUUUCUCCCAAGAUAUCCAAUUUUUUAGGGUUUUUUUGUGUCAAUAGUUAAAAGCUCUGUUAUAUGUGUGAUAUCUGCAAAUAUUUUAUCCGAGGUACCACACCUUGAGCCAACAUAUCAUCAAAAGUUCCCUCCCCUUCCCCACACUAGGCUGCAGGCCGACAGCCCUGCUAUGUAAGACAUCUCACCCCUGGGCGAUAUGUUAAAGCAAGAUUGAGCUGACCACACUUGGCAUACAUGUCAGUCAAAGCAUUGGAGACAGCUCAAACACUGGCCCGAAACGGACAUAUCUAGUGUGCAAUUCGUACAAUCUAGAGCGCCUUCUCCCACAAGCAGGGAGCAAUUGUUCAGAGUUAUGGAAUUAGGAACUUCACCAUGAGCUUGCAUCUCUUUAAAGCAUCCAUUGCAAGCCCAUUCCAAGUCAAGUUCCCAAUCAUCGUGUUCCAUGGCACAAUGCUCCAAUCAUCCGUUACAACCCAAGCCCUUUUGGAAUGAGGUUUUUCUUGGAAUUCAAAGCUGCCAAAUAUAAUGGAAGGUGACUGGUUGUAUACCCUUAAGCCCCAGCCCUUAUGUCUGCCUAUGAUUAAUUAAAAAUACUGAGAAUCUAUUAAGGGUCUGUUUGUUAAGGUAGAUAACCCUUGUAUUGUUAUCUUGGAGUUAUCGAACAUAAAAUGACGUGAGAUUUGUUAUAUCUUUUUAUAUCA